ACAAAACAAAUGCCAUUAGUAAACCUUUAAGUCCCUUCAUCUUUAAAUAGAAGAUUACAAAUCUUUAAACGUUACUUAACUUUCUACCCCAUCAAAAACCCCAUGAACAGAUUCUCACAUUCUUAACACUCUCUUCCCCAAAACGAUGACCACCGUUACUACUUCUCUCUUCUUGUUACUUGUUCUUUCAUGUGUUCUCCAAGUUUCUUCCAACGGAGACGCAGAGAUACUGAGUCGAGUCAAAACCAGCAGACUUUCUGACCCGGAAGGGAAGUUAAAUGAUUGGGUCAUAACCGGAGAUAACCGGAAUCCCUGUAACUGGACUGGAAUCACAUGCGACUCCAAAAACGGCGCCGUCACGGCAAUAGAUCUCUCCGACUACGGAGUCUCCGGUGGGUUCCCGUACGGGUUCUGCCGUAUACGUACCCUCGUCAACAUCACUCUUUCUAAAAACAAUCUCAACGGUACGAUAGAUUCAUCUCCUCUCUCACUAUGCUCUCGAAUCCACGUCCUGAUCCUCACAGAAAACAGCUUCUCCGGGAAUUUACCGGAGUUUUCGCCGGAGUUUCGUAACCUACGCGUUCUCGAACUGGAAUCCAACUUUUUCUCCGGCGAGAUCCCCGCAAGCUACGGAAAGCUUACAUCUCUGCAAGUUCUGAAUCUCAACGGCAACUCGCUCGCCGGAAUCGCUCCGGCGUUUUUGGGUAACCUGACCGAGUUGACUCGUCUCGAGCUCGCGUACGUUCAGUUCGAGCCUGGUCCGAUCCCGUCGGCGUUCGGGAGCUUGGCGAAGCUGAGUAUCCUCCGGCUAACGAACUCGAACUUCGUCGGAGAGAUUCCUGAUUCGAUCGGGAAUCUAGUCUCGCUAGUGAAUCUCGACUUAGCUAAGAACGGUCUCUCCGGAGAGAUACCGGAGAGCAUCGGAAAGCUAAAAUCGAUUUUUCAGCUGGUGCUUUUCGAGAAUAACCUAUCGGGAAAAUUGCCGGAGAGUAUCGGAAACUUAACGGCUAUGAGGAAUUUCGACGUUUCGCAGAAUAGUCUCUCCGGUGAGUUACCUGAGACGAUCGCUGCUCUCCAGCUCGUUUCUUUCCAUCUCAACGACAACUUCUUCACCGGUGAAUUGCCACGUGGCAUUGCUUUGAAUCCUAAUCUCGUUGAUUUCAAGAUCUUCUACAACAGUUUCACGGGGAGUUUACCUAGGAGUUUCGGUAAAUUCUCUGGUUUAACUGAGUUCGACGUCUCGACGAAUAAUUUCUCCGGUGAGUUGCCGCCGUAUCUAUGCUAUGGGAAGAAGCUUGAAAAGCUAAUUAGUUUCAGUAAUCAGUUAAGCGGCGAGAUCCCGGAAACUUACGGUGAGUGCGACUCGCUUAAUUAUAUUAGAAUGGCGGAUAACAAACUCUCCGGCCAAGUUCCGGUUAGGUUUUGGGAGCUUCCUCUUACUCGUCUCGAGCUAUCCAACAACCGAUUACAAGGUUCGAUUCCUCCGUCGAUAUCCAAAGCUCGUCAGCUCUCUCAGCUCGAAAUCUCCGGAAACAAGUUCUCCGGUGCGAUUCCGGUGAGAAUCUGUGAUCUCGGAGGACUCAGGGUCGUCGAUCUCAGCCGUAACCGUUUCUCAGGAUCUAUCCCGUCUUGCAUUAACAGAUUGAAGAAUCUGGAGAGAUUGGAGAUGCAGGAGAACAUGCUCGACGGCGAGAUCCCGAGUUCGGUGCGUUCAUGCGCCAAGUUAACCGAGUUGAAUCUCUCCGAUAACCGCCUCCGCGGCGGAAUCCCACCGGAGCUCGGGGAAUUACCGGUUUUGAACUAUCUGGAUCUCUCCAACAACCAACUCACCGGCGAGGUUCCGGCGGAGUUGUUGAAGCUGAAGCUUAAUCAGUUCAACGUCUCCGAUAACAAACUCUCCGGCAAGAUCCCUUCUGGUUUUCAACAAGAUAUUUUUCUACCGAGUUUUUUGGGUAACCCGGAUCUCUGCGCCCCGGAUAUGGAUCCGAUUCGACCUUGCCGAUCCAAACCCGAGCCCCGGUUUAUCCUUGUUAUCUCCGUCGUCUGCAUCGUUGCACUAAUCGGAGCUUUGGUUUGGCUUUUUAUCAAAACCAAACCGUUAUUCCAGAGAAAACCGAACCGGACCGAUAAAGUAACCAUUUUCCAGCGGAUCGGGUUCACAGAGGAAGACAUAUACCCGCAAUUAACAGAAGAUAACAUAAUCGGGUCGGGCGGGUCGGGUUUGGUUUACAGAGUGACACUCAAAUCAGGCCAAACUCUCGCGGUGAAGAAACUUUGGGGUGGAACGGGUCAAAAACCCGAAUCCGAAUCCGUUUUCAGAUCCGAGGUAGAGAUUCUGGGUCGGGUCAGACAUGGUAACAUAGUGAAGCUUCUCAUGUGUUGCAGCGGCGAGGAGUUUCGGUUUUUAGUGUACGAGUAUAUGGAAAACGGCAGCUUGGGCGACGUUUUGCAUUCAGAGAAAGAACAUCGCGCCGUUUCUCCGCUUGAUUGGACGACAAGGUUUUCGAUCGCGCUUGGUGCAGCUCAAGGACUUGCUUAUCUACAUCAUGACUCUGUUCCGGCGAUUGUUCACCGUGACGUCAAAAGCAAUAAUAUAUUGUUGGACCACGAGAUGAAGCCACGUGUUGCUGAUUUCGGUUUAGCUAAACCGUUGAAAAGAGAAGACAAUAAUGGUGUCUCUGAUGUUUCUCCCAUGUCUUGUGUUGCUGGAUCCUACGGCUACAUUGCUCCAGAAUAUGGUUAUACGUCGAGAGUGAAUGAGAAGAGCGAUGUGUAUAGUUUCGGUGUCGUGUUACUCGAAUUGAUUACGGGUAAAAGGCCAAAUGAUUCUUCGUUUGGGGAGAAUAAAGACAUUGUUAAGUUUGCAAUGGAGUCAGCUUUGUCUUACUCUUCUCCAUCACCUGAAGACAAAGCUAUGAAUCAAGAUUCACUUGGAAAUUUUCGAGAUCUUAGCAAGGUUGUGGAUCCAAAGAUGGAACUUUCUACGAGGGAAUAUGAAGAGGUAGAGAGAGUUCUCGAGAUUGCAUUACUUUGCACGUCUUCGUUUCCGAUUAGUAGGCCGACCAUGAGGAAAGUAGUAGAGCUGCUCAAAGAGAAGAAGCCACUUGAGUGAGACGGUGUUCGUUUCUUCAUCUGGUUUUAAUACUAAGAUUGUUACUUAAUCAUAGGUGGGCUACUGGAAAACUAAUUUUAAAAACUUUAAUAGCUAGUUAUCUUCUUUUUUGUUAAUUUAAAGAUUAAGAAGCAUGGACUAAGCUAUAAGAUUUUGCAAACUUUAAAUUUAAUAGUCUAAAAGACAAUUAUUGUUGAUGUU